AAGGCAACGAUGUCAUCGCUCAAGCACAGUCUGGUACCGGCAAGACCGCAACCUUCUCCAUCUCCGUCCUUCAGAAGAUCGAUCCGAACAUCAAGGCUUGCCAGGCCCUCAUCCUCGCGCCGACCCGUGAGUUGGCGCAGCAGAUCCAGAAGGUCGUUGUGGCUAUCGGCGACUUCAUGAGCAUCGAGUGCCACGCCUGUAUCGGUGGUACGAGUGUGCGGGAUGACAUGAAGGCUCUGCAAGAGGGACCGCAAGUGGUGGUCGGCACGCCAGGUCGCGUGCACGACAUGAUCCAGAGAAGGAUGCUCAAGACGGACAGCAUGAAGAUGUUCGUCCUCGACGAGGCCGAUGAGAUGCUGUCGCGUGGUUUCACCGAGCAGAUCUACGACAUAUUCCAGUUCCUCCCGCAGUCGACCCAGGUCGUCCUACUCUCCGCCACUAUGCCACAAGAUGUGCUUGAAGUCACCACGAAGUUCAUGCGCGAUCCCGUGCGUAUUCUCGUGAAGAAGGACGAGCUUACGCUUGAAGGUAUCAAGCAGUUCUACAUCGCCGUCGAAAAGGAGGACUGGAAGCUGGACACUCUUUCCGAUCUCUACGAAACCGUUACCAUCACCCAAGCCGUCAUCUUCUGCAACACCCGCAGAAAGGUCGACUGGCUCACCGACAAGCUCACGGCGCGCGACUUCACCGUUUCCGCGAUGCACGGCGACAUGGAAAUGGCCCAGCGUGAUAUCAUCAUGAAGGAGUUCCGCUCCGGCUCCUCGCGUGUCCUCAUCGCCACCGACCUGCUCGCACGUGGUAUCGAUGUGCAACAGGUAUCGUUGGUCAUCAACUACGAUCUUCCCGCGAACAGAGAGAACUACAUCCACAGAAUCGGUCGUGGCGGUCGAUUCGGUCGCAAGGGUGUCGCUAUCAACUUCGUCACGGCGGAUGAUGUGCGCAUGAUGCGUGAAAUUGAGCAAUUCUACAGCACUCAGAUUGAGGAGAUGCCCAUGAACGUGGCCGACCUCAUCUAAACCCGCCGUAUCACGACUACUUACUGUCUUCCAAGCUGACCGUCUGGUCUGGCAAGUGGAAGGCACACCGUCAUCAAUUGCUGAAAGGCAGCGCCUGCGCGGACUGCUCGAAGGAGCAUAAGCGAACACUCUUCGCCAUCGUCGUCGUUUGCGCAAUUGGCGGCGAACAUGCAUCGGGUCGAGGAAUGGGACUGUUUCAACAAAAUGCGACUGUUUGCCGUGCUUACUAGAUGGGAUUGCGGGUUAAGGGGUGUACUACAUGCGAUCAAAAUGUUCAUGCUAAGGUUGCAUUGUGAUUUCGUCCGUAGAUGCUUGUAAUCUGUUCGGUAACAGUCUCAAGUCUGUUUCAAUCACACUGCAAGACUGUCCUAUGUUGUGGGCC